CCCUUCUUGUGCUCUUAAUGCAACAAUAGAUUUAAACCACAACAUGUUAAAUGGAAGCAUUACUUUCAAAAUUGGUUGUGCUACCAAUGUUGACCUUAGCCAUAAUUUUUUCAGUGGUGAGCUUCCAUCUAUUCAUGGAUUAGCUUCAAAGCUAGAGAAUUUGGAUCUUAGUUACAAUAAUUUUACAGGAAAAUUAAACAAGGAACUUGCUGCUCUAAGGUUCAUUAACCUUUCAUAUAAUUCCUUUGACUUUUCACAAGAUCAUCAUGACAAGCUCCUAGAUUAUUGUUCUUUCCAAAAAGACUCAUUGAUUGGAUGUGGCUCUCUAAAUUUGUCAUCAUGCCACUCUGUCCAACAAAGAAAGUCACCAUCAUCAAAUAAAGCAAAGCACACAAUUGUAAUUGCUCUUUCCAUCAUUGGAUUCAUUCUCUUACUAUUUCUUGCCACCUUGUGUUUUACCAAACAUGUGGCUAAAACAAAAGUUGAAGGAGUUUCUACAAAGAAUGGAGACUUGUUCUCUAUAUGUAACUGUGAUGGGAAAAUUGCAUUUGAGGACAUAAUUGAAGCAACACAAGACUUUGAUAAUAGAUACUGCAUUGGAACUGGUGCAUAUGGUAGUGUUUACCAAGCAAAUUUGCCAAGUGGUAGAACUGUUGCAUUGAAGAAACUUCAUCAAAAGGAAUCUCAGAACCCUUCAUUUGACAAGAGUUUCCGCAAUGAGUUUCUGAUGUUAUCGCGAAUCCGGCAUAGAAACAUUGUCAAGCUUUAUGGUUAUUGUCUUCACAACAGGUAGAUGUUUCUGAUCUAUGAAUACAUGGAAAGAGGAAGCUUAUUUUGUGUGUUGUGCAAUGAUGUGGAAGCUAAGGAGUUGAAUUGGAGGAAGAGGAUGAAUAUCAUUAAAGGAAUAGCAAAUGCUUUGUGUUACAUGCAUCAUGAUUGUAAGCCACCAAUUGUUCAUAGAGAUGUAACAUGUAACAAUGUUUUGUUGAACUCAAACUUGGAUGCUUUUGUCUUUCUUUGAAAUUUCAAUUCACCAAUUGAUGAAUCAACAAGAGCUGCAUCUUUCAUCUUGUGAUUUGUAAGACAGAAAUUGUAGGCCUAUUUUUGCAUUUAGAUAGAUUGAGGAGGAAUAAGUAGUUUUCGUUUCCAAAUUGAGAUUAUGAAAAUUUCUAACACAUU